AUGUUUGUAUCCGUAGCUGAGUUCGAGAUCUCGGUUCCCACGGGUGUACAGAUGGGUGUGUACGGCGAGGCGGUCCAUCUGUCCUGCGUGUUCCCAGUGAACGGCUCGUGGGACACAGACAGGAUAAUGAUCACGUGGCUGCACAACCAAGAGGUGGUCCACAGUUUCUUUCAUAACCGAGACCAGCCACAAUAUCAGAGCCGGACAUACGCCAACCGCACCAGCCUGUUCCACCAGGAGAUGAAGAAGGGGAACGCGUCACUCAGGCUGGACCGCACCACUCUGGAGGACGCGGGGGAGUACACCUGCUCCGUCAGCACUCGGCUGGGCAGCCAGAGAAAGAGUUUCCCCCUCAAAGUAGCAGCGUUCUACUCUGAGCCUCGUUUGAAAACCUCUUUGCUGGACAACGGCCACAUGGAGGUUCUGGUGACCUCAGAGGGUGGGUUCCCCUCUCCCUCCCUGCAGUGGCUGAUGGGAAACACCAGGGACGUCACCAACCACACACACACGCAGCUGAGUAAGGACCAUCACACAGGUCUGUACAGCGUGAACAGUAAACUGAUCCUAAAUGGAACCGUCAACUCCUCCAUCACCUUCAUCAUGAAGAACCCAGAUCUGGACCAGACCAUCAGGAGGAGCAUCGACCUCUUCUCAGAAAAUGGAGGCUCUGACCAGAGGAGCCAGCGAGCAGGACUCAUUGUGCUUUCUGUUGUUGGAGUUAUUUUACUCGCUGUGAUCAUUGCACUAAUUAUCCUUCAACACCGAAUGAUGAAAAAGGAAAAAUCCCGAAAUACAGAGAGUAACAUCGAGUUAUCAGAAGCUUCGAUCCAUCAGACAGCAGCUGAAAAACCUUCAAUGGAUGAAUCUGAAAGUGUUACAGAAUCCCAGAUAAAGAGAGAUCUCGGGCCAGGCAGCUAGACUAGAAGAAGAAAUGUAGUUUAUUUAUUAGGAUUUAUUUCUUAAGUUCUCCACCAACUGACCUUCAGCAGAGCAGUCAGUGAUUAAGGCAGAUGUGUGGAGUCACAUCUUCAAAACCAUCUCCAUCCUGAUCUCCAGCUCCUGUCUUCCUCACUGAAACUUUUUAGUGAGAGGAGACAUGGGAGACAUACGGGCCGGAGUCUUCGUCAGGGAGCGCUUGUGCUCGUUGUCUCUUAGAAUGGGGCAAUUUGCUAACGAUUCCAAAGUGAACAAGAAAAACAAACCUUCACCGAUUUCUGGAGCACCUCCAUCUGCUUGUUCCUCCUCUUACUAUGUUGUUGUUUUUCCUUCUUGAUUCCGAACAGAAGGUCCCAGGAGAAGGAGCGUUUCUUGUGUUAUGCCUUUAUCACAGCUUAUUAUACAGAUCCGACUCGUAUCGAUCUGAAAGAC